AUGACAACAAGAAUAAAUAAUAAUAGGAGUUCUUCACCGUCAUUAAAUAAUCUAAGUCAUCAUAAUAGUCAUCAUCUUAAAAAACCAUCAUCAAUAUUAUCAUCAUCAUCUUCAUCAUCACCAUCUUUAUUACCAAAAAAUAAUAAUGAUAAUAAUAAUAAUAAUAAUAAUGAUGGAGCAAAUAAAAUAAAUAAUAAUAAUAAUAAUAAUAAUGAAGAGAAUAGUGGUAGUGGUAGUGGUAGUUCCCAUAGUGGUAAUAUACCAAUUGUAAUAUUAAAGAAAACUCCAUUAGUUAAGAAUGGUAUUGAACUUGAUUUUUCAGGUAAAGCAAGUAAAGAAGGUAUUUUUUCAUUAUGGAGUAAUGCAUUAGAAAAAAAGAAAUUAAAUUAUACAUCAAAAGAAAUGUCAAUUUUAAUUGAACCACCAGAUUCAUCAACAUUUUUAAUUAAUUCACCAUUAUUAAAUAGUUCUGCAAAUGGUUCAAAAAUAAAAUCAUCAACAGCAACAACAAGACAAUCCCAACAGCCAUUAGCACAACAAGAAGAGAAUUCAACUUUAUUCGAAUUAACUCAUCAUUGUAUAUUCUUUCCAAUUAAUAGUAACAGUUUAAUAAUUAAAAAAGAUAUUGUCACAACAAUGAAUUAUUAUUUUUGUCAAAUUAUUAAAGAAUCAUCAACAAGUAUUAAAAUUAUAAUUAAAACAUUAUUUGAAGUAUUUGGAUUUUAUUUAGAUUUAGCUAGAAAAUUAGAAGAGGAUGAAAAUAAUGAUUUAAGUAGUAAUAGCAACACCAAUAAUGCCAAUAGUAGUAAUAGCAAUAAAACAAUGAUUUAUUUAAUAAAUUCAUUAGAUAAAUUAAUUCAAGAUAGUUUAUUCACAAAAUUUAGAGAUCCAACAAAUGAAUUUCAAUUAUCAUCAAUUCAAAGAUUAUUUAUAAAUAUAUUGACCGAUCAAUUGAAAUCAAUUAAAAAUCAGUCAAUGACAAGUAUGAUUUUUAAUGAUUGUAUACAAAAAUUUAAUUUCAUUUUAUCAAUUGUAAUUGAAAAAGUUGAACAAUAUAAAAACUCGGAAAUAAUUAAACAAUCAUUACGUUUAGAUAAAUAUUUAGAGAAAACUUUAUUUUUAAAAUGUAAACAUCUUUCAAGUAGAGAAUACUUUUUAGCUCAAUUAAAAUUUAGAAAAUUUUCAAUUGAUUAUAAUCAAUAUUAUAAAUCAUUAACAAAUUUUCAACAAUGGAAAAAACAAGAAGAAUUAACAAUUCAAAAAUUAUCACAACAAACACUUCAAAGAGAUGAAUAUUUAAAAACUGUUUGGGGUAUUAAUAGUAGUGGUGGUAGUAGUAGUAGUAAAAAUAAUAAAAAUUUUGAUAAUUCACCAAUUGGUGUUAUUGUAAUUAAAGUGGUUUCAGCACGUGAUUUAAUUCAAAAAGAAUCACAAUCAAUUAAACCUGAAUCAUUUGUUGAAGUAGAAUUCAUUUCAAAUUCAUCAAAAGAUUUUAAUAAAAAGAAAAGAACUAAAAAAAUUAAUAGUUUAAAUCCAAUUUGGAAAGAACAUUUUAGUUUUCAAAUUACAAAACAACAAUUAAAUGAUGAAAUUGAAUUAACAAUUUGGGAUUCAUCAACAUCAUCAUCAACAUCAUCAUCAUCAUCAUCAUCAUCAUCUUUAUCAACUGAUAAAUUUAAUUUUCAAGGUAAAUGUAAAUUUAUAGUUAAAGAUUUAAUGAUUUAUUUAAAAAGAGAAGUUAAUUGGUAUCCACUUCAAAAAAGAACAUCAAGAAGUAAAGUUAGUGGUGAUUUAAAAUUACAAUUUAAUUAUUUACCAUAUCCAGAAGCAUCACCUGAUAAAGUUAUAAAUUAUGUUUAUUAUUUACAAAUAUUAUUAGAUAAAUUAAUUGAAAUUGAUUCAAAUUCAAAUUUUAAUCCAAUUAAUUUAAAUAAUGAUGAUUUAAAUAAUAAUGGUAGUAGUAAUAGUAGUGGUAGUAGUAGUGGUGGUAAUAUAUCACCAAUAUUAAAAAAACAACAACAACAACAACAACAACCAAUAAUUUUAUCAAAUCAAUCAAAUUUAUUAUUAAAAGAAUUUUGUGAAAGAUAUGGUAUAAUGGAACAUACUUUAAAAUUAUUUUAUAUGAAAAGAUUAGUAGUUUCAACUAUAAAAUAUUUAUCAUUAGAAUAUAUUCCAGAGAUUAGAUUAAUUUUAAAGAAUACAUUAGAGAUAAAAUUUGGUGAGAUUGGUUUAACACAAGAAGAGGAUGAAAUAUUAAAAGAAUCAGUUUCAGCACUUUCACAAGCUUGUAAAAGUUGGAUUUCACAUUAUCAUUCAGUUUUUCCAUUAAAUCAACCCGCUGGUUCCCUAAGAAUGUUAAUCGAUAUUUAUUAUCUUUUAAAGAAUUCUGAAUUAUCAAUUUUACCACCAUUACAAGAUUUAAUUAAAGAAACUUAUUUAAAUCGUUAUAAACAAGCAAUUAUAAUGUCAAAUGAUAUUGGUAAAUUAAAUAGUUCAAUUAUUGUACCAUCUGUAAAAUUAAAUCAACAACAACAACAACAACAACAACAACAAAAACAAGAAGAUAUUAUUGAUACAAAAGCAUCAAAAUUAAUUAGAAUUUGUGAUAUUUUAUUAUACAAUUUAGAAAUUGAUAAAAAAUAUUUUUCAAGAGAAUUUCCAAAUGAUUCACCAAUUUUAUUAAUUUCAAUUGAAGUUUAUACAAAUGAAAUUUCAAAAGAGAUUGAUGAACUUUUAGAAAAAGGUUCAAAUAGUUCAAAUGAAUUACAAGAUUUCUUUCAACUUUAUUUGAAAUUAAAAGAGACAAUGACUAAAUUUAAAGAGAUUUAUCCAAAGUUAGUAUUGUUACCAAUUCCAAUUUUAUUUAAACAAGUAAUUAUGCAAUGGACUUUAUUUUGUGCAGAUCAAUUGAAACAAGUUAUAGAUAGAUUAUGUACCAAUGAAAAAUGGACACCUGUAUCCUCUGAUACUUUACAUUCUGCUUCUGUUGGUGAGGUGAUUUUAGGUUGUUAUCAUGCAUUGGAUGUUAUUAAAAGUUUGAGAUGGGAAGAUUUAAUUAGGGAUGAUUAUCAUAAGAAUAGUCAUCAUUCUCUAUUUGAAAUAUUUGCAAAUUUUACAAUGGUGGUAUCGGAAUCUGUAAUUUACUAUACAAAGGUUAUUAAAGAUUUAAGUUUAUCUGCAUUGGAUCAAGCUGCUGAUGAUAUUUUCAAAUUAUCUGAAUCUUAUUCUCAAGGUUUAGAACAAACCAUUCAAAAGGUGUCAUUACGUUUUAAUAAUAUUCAAGCUUGUAUUGGUCAUGCUGAAGAUUUAAUUCAAGUGUUGAUUAGAAUCAUGUCAUCAUAUAAACUUUCAACAACAAUCGUCAAUGAAAUGGCAACAAAUACCUACAAGGCAAUUAGCGCCAAUGUUAGGACAUUGGUUGAUAGGAUCUAUGAUAGGCUAUCACCUGUGAUUCAAGGUGAAAUCUAUAAAAUCAUUGGUAUAGAAUUAGAUGAUGGAAAGAAUAAAAAUAACAUUGUUUUGGAUUUCUUUCAAAAGAUUGAAAAAGGCUUUGAAGAUGUUAAAACUAAAACAAGUUCUGCUGUGGGUGCUGCUGUUGGUAAUUCUGAACUAUAUUACCUAAACCAAGAUAAAUUACCAAUCACCGUCAGAUUAGAACCACUAUUGAAUUAUAUUGCUUCAAAAUUAAAAUUAUUCUCUCAAUAUCUUUAUUAUCCAUUGACAAAGUUAUUGUUGAAAAGAUGUUUCUAUGGAAUAAUGCACGAGAUUGAAGUCAUUGUUUUCCCAUCAAAUAAAAAGUUGGUGUUGACAAUGAAUCAAUUGGAUAAAAUUGAAGCAUUAAUUAAAACUUUUAGUGAAUUCUUUUUGGUUGAUGGUGAAGGUUUAUCUCAAAAAGCAAUCGAUAAACAAUCUCAGGGUUUCAUGAUUAUAGUUUUGGCUUACAGAGAGGCUCUCAAUAGUGGUGUUCAUGAUUUCGAUCCAUUAGGUUUAAAAAUGGCUUUAAGAAAUAUUAAUUUUACAAACUUAAAACCAGAUUUAACUUAUUUAAAGAAAUUAAAUAUCAAUCUAAAAGAAAUUCCAAAACAAUUGGAUGUUUUCUCUCUCAUUAAGAAAUCUGUAGAAAAAAGACAAGAAGAUAAAAAGAAAAGAGAUGAAUUAAGAAAACAAAGAAAAUUAAAUAAGAGUAUUGGUUAUUUAAAUGAAAAUCAACAAUCUCAGAAAUUUGAUCCACCACCAAAUUAA